AUGAUGUCGUGUGCCGAGCUGCUGGCCGUGUGCCUGCUCUCCGCAGAUCGCGGCCCCAAGCCCCACCGCCAGCCGCUGCCCAUCUUCCACGACAUUUUCCGGCGAGCCGACAAGAACGAUGAUGGGAAGCUGUCAUUUGAGGAGUUCAAGAACUAUUUCUCUGAUGGCAUCCUGAGCUCGGAGGAGCUGUGGGAGUUGUUCAGUGGCAUUGACAGGCGUCACUCAGACAACGUGGACACGGAGAAGUUGUGUGAUUAUUUCUCAGCGUACCUCGGGGAAUACAGGAACGUGCUCUCUGCCCUGGAAACGCUCAAUGCUGCGGUGCUGGCAGCCAUGGACAAAACCAAGCUGAGGUACGAGACAGCCUCGAAGAUGGAGCAGUUCCUGACGCGGUUCCUGCUGCGGGAAACCAUGCACCAGCUGCAGUCCCUGCAGGCGUCCCUCGAGUGCGCCGUGGACACCGUGGAGGAGCAGGCGGGACGGGAGAGAAAGGAGGUCAAGAAAUCGGAGACUUCGGUUGGCCUGAGGUCAGGGAGGCGGUGUGGGCGCAGGGGACAGAAGAACAUCUGCCUGUCCCCAACAGACCCCUACUCUGGGAUGCUGACAACAGGUGUUUGUGUCGAGGACAACAGCCAGUGGAUGGCUCAGAUCAACAGGCUCCAGCAGCUCAUCGAGAAGCUGGAGUGCCAGAGCCCCCGCCUGGAGCCACUGAAGGAGGAAGCCAUGUGCAAGGGACAGGAUGCACACAUCCUGGUGGCCAAGAGGCAGAUCUCGGUGGCCACGAGCAGCAUCGAGGAGUUCCGGCAGGCGUUCCGCUCCUACACCGAGGGCACGGCCGGGCACAGCAGCUGCCUGCAUGUCUCUGCCUGCAAGCUGACGGACGAGGCCUGCUUCAUCCUCUACGAGUUCUGGCAGGACGUGACCUCGUGGAGAAGCCACUUGCAGUCCAGCUGCAGCAAGACUUUCCAGCAGUCCAUCCUCAGCUUGCUGGAGUCCCCGGAGCUGCUGACCACCAUGCUCUUCCCAGCUUCCUGGUGGAUCAUGAACAACAACUGACUCGGGGCAGCUCUCCAGGACACCAUCAGCAUGCGGGAGGAGUGGAGUCCUGGGCACAGCCUUUGUCACCUUUGUCAACCUCCCUGUCCC